AUGAAUAUCAGGCCUCCGAAGACGGCGCCCGGGUCUGCGGUGGACUUCGGCGUGAAGAUUGACAAUAUGGACUUAGAGAACAUUACGAAUGACGAGUUUGCCGCUAUCCGCGAUACCCUUUACCAUCAACAUAUUGUGUUGUUCAAGAAUCAGCAGAGCCUUUCGCCUCGGACGCAGUACGAAUUCACUAAGCGCUUUAAACCGUACGGCCAUGGGAGAAAAAUAAUUUUACAGUCACUGCGUCAUCUGAAGGCAGUACUGGACCAGCCUCAGGCCAUGGUGAAAGAGAAUGGCUUUCUUAAGUCCUACCAAGGCCUCGAGAACAUAACAUUGCGACACCCCAAUCACCGCAGGGUCCAUCGCGAUGCAUCGAGCCCCCCUAACAUCUCCAACCUAACACCCCGCCAACACGCUAUGCGCAGAUAUAUCUGGAUGUCAAGAACCCGAGCCUUCACUGGAGCGGGUCUAUACACCGAAGGUCGUGAAAUUCCCGAGUCUGACCUGCCUUCCGUCGCCCCAUCUAAAAUCCAGAUCCUCGCUAUGGCUUGGAAAAACCGCGUGAGAGGAAAGCUCUCUCUCCAAAUCCAUCCAUCUUGCGUGUGCAAGAUCCAUCUCGCCGACGGCAGUGUGAUCGAUGGCCUUGCACGCGUUCGUGGUAUUAUCUAUAGAUUGCAGCGUCCCACUAUUAGUUCGCAUGAUGUCUAUGCCCAUGACUGGUCUGAAGGGAAUAUGAUACUAUUCAAUAACCAUAGAGUCCUUCAUAGCAUCGGAGGUACUCCGUACUUUACGACCUAA